UUGGUUUUAAUUUAUGUUAACUUGACGCCGUAAUAAAAUCACAUUACUGCAUUAUGGAUGUUUUCCUUUAUGCAUUGGGAUUUAUUUGACCGUUUUUUUUUAACAGGCUAGUCCCACAGUUUUGAUGGGAAUAUAUUGUUGCUUAAUUUGUGAUUACCGGUAGUUAUCCUUAUUGUGUUGGUAUCUUGUGACUGUGUGGGGUGGAUUUUACUUUGUUUUGGAAUUUUCUUAAUUUAUCUCACUACCGGUAUUGUACCGGUAUGAUAAGGAGUGUCAUUAGGAAGGGAAAUAUUUCUUUGGUGAAUUAGAUUCUUUUUCUUUUUUACUGAAUCACUUGAAUUUUUUCCAUGUUUAUUAUUAGACAGCCAGUAUUUUAUGUAUUUGUUAAUAAUAUAACAUAACAAAUUGUUUACGAAGAUAUGCUGCUAGAAUUUUAAAGUUCUGGGUUGUCUGAAUGACCAUGGCUGAAAGAUUAGAGGAUGCAUUUACUGAAGUCGUGAAAAAGUUUGCCACAACUGCGGAUUUUAUAUCAUUUGCACAAUCUGGGAAUGGACUUGCUCUCAGUGUGCAAGAUGUCGCUACAAUUAUUGAAAACUACAGAUUCUCUGUUGGAGAACAGAAAAAGAAAAUACUCUGGCUUUGGGUAGAAAAAAAUGGCACAAACGCAACUGCACAAAAAAUAAGAGAACUUGUGACACAAUAUUAUACAGCAGAACAUCAGGCUGCUGCCUCACCUGUUGGAAGACUUGAAGAUACUUUCCAGCAGGUUUUGAAGGACCUAUCAAAACAAUUUAGAAGAUUUGCAAGAUCAGGUCAGGGAUUAUCCCUCACUGAACAGGAGGUUGAGACUAUCACAGAAAAUAAUAAAUUCUCUGUAGAGGAACGCAACCUAAAAAUGUUGUGGAAAUGGAGACAUUCCAGACAUCCAAAUACCCAAGAUGCAGCUGUGAUAAAAAAAAUAGGACAAUUAAUGGAUGUUUUUAUACAUGGAGAGGGAGAGAAUCAGGCAGAGGAAGGACAAGUCAUCCAUGAGCAAAAUCCAGCAGAAAAUCAACAAAACAUUCAGCCAAAGAUAAUUGUGACAUCUGAUGUGUCUGAAAGUUUGACCGAUUCAACAUUGCCUAUUGAAGAUGGUGAAACAACAAUCUUAAGAAGGAUGAAGCGAAGGGCGAUAGAAUUUUUUUCGAAGAGAUCAACCAGUCCGGGCAGAUCUUCCAAAGUACUGGAAGAUGCAAAGAGUACUGAAGAAUUUCUUGGGAUUGUGGAAAAUUACACUGAGCAGAUGUUGGAAUUUGCUUUAAAAUCUGUCAGAAAAAAAACAAAAAUGGAGAAUUUCAUACUUCCCAAAUUGACAGAGUUUAAGCAAUCAAAAUCUAACAAACAGACUAAUUUACAAUCAGUGAAUGUUACAAGUAUUCAUUCUGACAAACUAGUCAACCAUGUCAUGUUGCUAGGUGACACAGGUUCUGGAAAAACAACAUUCUCCCUGAGAUAUACAAUGCUGGCUUCAGAAAAGAAGUUAGUUUUUUCAGAACAAAUAAAAAUGAUCUAUUUUGUUGAUAUUUCCAAAUUACAAUGUGACUAUCAAUCAACGGCUUUCGAUCUUCUAUUCAUCCAACAGCUUGGAUCGAAACUUCCAAAAAGUCUUCAUAAGAUCGGAAAAGAAUGGUUCGAGCGAAAUUCUCAACAUAUUUUACUUGUAGUUGAUGGUUUGGAUCAAAUUAAAAAGCCUUUUGAGAAUGAAUAUCCUAGAAUUGGAGUGGAAACUCCAGCAGAAACCAACACAAUUAUUGCCAAUAUUUUAUCCGGCCACAUCUAUCCAAGAAUGAAGAUUCUUUCUACGUCACGGUGGCAUGUUUAUUGGAAGCUACCUCCCGGUCUCAAAGCAAAGAAAACUCUUGCCUUAUGGGGAUUGGAUGAUGAAACCCUAAAUCUUCUUGCUGAAAAUUUAUUUGGUUCUGGAGCUAAAAGAAUCAUUGGUGAGCUGAGGCAGAAAGCACCAGGCCUUGUUUCGAACCCAAUGUUCUUUUUUUAUAUGGUCCGAGUGUUGAAAGAUUCUAAAGAAACUGAUGUUGACACUUUAACAAAUCUGAUGAUAUCUGUACUCAGAUGUUUCUCAGGAUCUCGCCAUGGACGACGUGUAGAUCGUCUUGUUCCAAAACUCAUGAAGUUAUCCUUCCAAGGAAUUGAAGAGAAUUUAUUUGUUUUCACCGCAAGCUAUAUUGAGUCACUCAACCUAGACAUGAAGGACAUGCGUGGUCUUGUUGAGAUGGAUGCUGACACCAGAUUUGUUGAGUAUGUUGUGGAUGACGAUGACAUGAGAAUAAGGUUCCCACACAUGAGUUUACAAGAGAUACUUGCUGCUCUCUAUGCCUGCACUCUUGAUUUGGAUAAAUUUAAAAAGUUCAUUGCGGAAAAUUAUGAGAAAUCAGGAAUGGAAGUCGUUAUAAAACAUAUUUUUGGAAUUGUUCUCAACAAAUCAACUUCAGGAAAAGCGGCAAAAUAUAUUUCUGGUAACUUACAUACCAAGGCUGAAUACCUGAUGGGUUACUUAGAUAGAUUAUUAGAAGGAAAAGUCAUUUCAGAUAAACAAGUCGUGACCUUAUUAAACGAAUGUGGUCCUGAAGUGAUCGAGAAAGUUUGCUCAAAAAUAGAAGAAAUGAAGUUUGGUGGUUUAUUUGACUUUUUGAAUCCAAGGGAACAGCAAGCAGUGAUGGCUGCCGCAGAGCAUAUGCCAGCACUAAGAUCAUUGAAACCAUACCAAUUGGAAAUUCAUCCAGAAAAUCAUCUGUCUUUGCAACAUGCUCUAAGUUCUGUACAGAACAUUCAUGUGGAAUUCUUCUAUCUUAUUAACUGUGAUCCUGAGGCUGAGAAACUCAGAUUUCUAAAUGAAUCCAUGAUGAAAGGAAAUUUUAAAGUUGGAUGGUUUACAAUAAGAGAAAGUCCAGCAUUAGAACCUCUUGGAUUUUAUUACUUAAUUGGCUUUGUUCAUCAUGGCAGCUCAAAAAGGCUCGGACUGAAUGACUGUGACCUGAACGCUGAGAAAAUAAGUAAGAUGAAUGAAGCAGCUGCUGAUUAUGGUGUCAAACUGAUUUCAUUGAUCAUUGGUGGAAAUCCCAACAUGGAUAAAGAGGCAUUUCAAGAACUGGCAAAGUUACUUAGAAAUACCGGUGCAGAAUAUCUGUUUGCAAAAGAUUGCACUCCUACAACUGAGCAGUUAUCAGCUCUUUGCACAAGUUUAGAAAAUGAAAAUAUCAAAUUAUCUGGCUUAGACUUGCAAAAAUCAACUACAGAAUCUCUCACAGAUGAUGAACUGAUGAUUGUUUCUCGACUGUUUCAGAGGGUGAGGAAACUCAACUUCUAUGACCAAAUGCUGAGCGUAUUACAAAUGAAGUUUCUAACCGAGGAAAUAAAGAAAUAUAGUCCGGGAGCUAAGAUAGAAUGUGGAUCGUGGGGAUUUGAGAUCGCUAAAUCAAAUUCUGACAAAUAAUGUACGAAUGGGAUGGGUAUUUCAAUUCGAACCAAUAGCAAUUUUUCAAAUCGCUCAAGAUGAAAGGUCUAUGUGUGGAUACCUCAAUUUUUUGUAAAGCCAUAUAUUCAGAAUGCAAUUCUGACUCCUUUUUCGUAGCUAAUUAUUUCUUAAACAUGUUCUUUAUUAGGUAUGAAAACGCAGCUAACUGACUAACUUAUUGAUUUCGUGUUUUCAAUUUUAAGAUAAUCUUAUGUUUAAAGUAUGGUAUCAGAAGUUAAAUCCCUUCUUAAUGGUACCAAUAGUCUAAAAUCGAUUCUAAAUUGCUGUAAUAAUUCAGUAUGUUUUGAUUAUAAACACUGCCUUCCAAUGGAACAGCUGCUUAAUAUAUAUUCCCAAAGUUCUUUAAGUUUCAUAUAUUCCUAAUUACUGUAAUAAUUACAGUGUAUUCGUAUAGUCAUAGUCAACUAUUUUUAGUAAAUGUAUUUUGUAAUUUUUAUGCAAUUAAUGGUGUGCAGUAGUAAUUUCAUAUUUAGUAUUCUGUAAUAAUUUUCAUAUAUUAGAGAAUUUAAUUAGUGCCUAGUUAUUUGCCAAAGCCAGUGCUCAACAGUUUUUAAUUUUGCUGUGCAAUUUUUUGUGUUGCUCUUUCAUGCUGCCGUAUAAUCCUUGUAUUAAUUAGUAUAUCCAAUACAUUUCUUUUAUUUUUGCUGAGGUUAGCUGAUCAUUGUUUUUUGUGUAAUUUUAGCCUUGGUUUAUUGUAGGCAAUAAUAUGUGAGUCAUAUUUCUACUUUGGAAUUUAUGGCUUUUAUAAAGAUGAAAAUUGUCUGGAAGUACCGUGCACUUGCUUGCUCAUCGCAGCUGAACAGUUCACUAAAUGAAUAAGGAUAUCUGAAGAUGCAACAAUUUUGUUCCUGAAUUUGAAUAUCUCAAACCACCAGAAAGAAAUUCUAUAGGGAUAGAUUGAUGGAUUGUGCAACAUGGAGGUGAAUGCUUUUGUUAUUUGUAUUCAUCUUUGGGGGAGAAAAACACUCAUGAGUCAUGUUUGGUUAUCCUGCCAGGCUAGGUUUAGAAAUAACCCUGAAUUGCCCUGCAUUGGAGGUGAAUGCUUUUUUUGAGACAAAGGAGGCUGAUGGGAUUGUUUAAUCUCAUGUUCUGUAACAAGUCCAGAUCGGGUUCGGAAAUACCCAACAAUCAAUAAAUUACAAUCAGGGAUGGCCAAUACCGAAUAAAUCACUAUUUCGAAUACAUUCGAAAUUAUUUUUUUUCGAAUAAGAAAUUUUGAAUACUUCGAAAAUAAAUUCCAC